AUGUCAUUGACCAACGUCUAUCAUUUGCGACGAGUCGCAGACACCUCGGCGAAGGCAUGCAUGAUCUGCUUCAAGCCGUCCACCAGCGUCAUGAUUACGGCCGAUAGCAAGGACUUCUUUUACGUGUGCCCCGCGCACUUGCAAGACCGCAACUUCUGCUCACCAGUCGUUGACACAGAAGGCAAAGCAAAGCGAUUGAAAGAGGAGCAAAUGGCUAAAGAGAUCGAACUAGUAAAAAAAGAAUACGAAGAAAAGCAGCGCAAGAAGAAGGAGCGCGAAAAGAAGUCAGACAAAAAUGAUAAAGAUGACAAAGACAAGGACGACUCCAAAGAUAAAGACAAAGCUGCGUCUGAUUCAAAAAGUGAUGAAAAGGAACGAGACGAAAAGAUCGACUCGAUUAAAAAAGCCGAGACGAAAGCUGAGGAUGGACCUCGGAUCUUUGCUUUACAUAAGACUUUUUAUCAAAUUCGGAUUGAUCGCUUGAGGGGUAUUGAAAUGGCCAAACGGACUCAACAAAGAUUGAGAAAUCCUUCAUCGUUUCCCUCUGUUCCCAAGGGUGAUAUAUAA